AUGAGUGCGCGGCGAGCGUCGUUUCAGUCUCGUUUCAAUGAUUCUUCGCAAGAAAGCAAAAUCUGCCUCAUCAGCUCGCGCGUCGGCACAGCCCUUCGCCGUCGACGAGCGACGCACGCUAACGGUGCUAACAUGCGGUCGACGUUGACCCGCGUCCUCGUGGCGCUCUUAGCGUGCGAGUUCAUCGCGUUAAAGCUCUUCGCGAGUGGUUUUCUGUUGAGAAGAGUCGAAACUCACGAGCGUUCCUUGACGUCUUGGAGCGAUGACGACGACGACGCGCGAGCGAACAAGGUUGAUAAGGUCGUUAUCUUGAUCGUUGACGGCGCUCGAUAUGAUUGGACCACAGAAAAGUUUGGUGUCAGUUCGAGCGGCGACGCGACUACGGGACGGUUACGCAGCGUGCGUGCGUUGGGGUCAAUGUGCGACGUUAACGGGAAUGCGAGCGAUGGAACGAAGAAACGAGGACGUGGAAAGGUGUUCAAGUUUAUAGCAGACGCGCCGACGACGACGCAGCAGCGAUUGAAGGGAUUACUCACCGGGGGGUUACCGACGUUUGUGGAUGCGAGCGAUUCGUUCGGCGGGACAACGCUUCGGGAGGAUAAUUUGAUCGUAUCAAUGACGUCGAGGGGAAAACGGCUCGCGAUCAGUGGGGAUGAUACAUGGUUGGAGCUCUUUCCGGGCGCGAACGAGACGUUCACGGGGGGAUGCGAGAUGUUCCCGAGUUUGGACGUGAAAGAUACGAGCACGGUUGAUGCUGGUGUGCGAGAUCACAUGUCUCGCGCGUUGAAACAACCGGAGUCUUGGGACGUUUUGAUAGGACACAUGCUCGGUGCCGAUCACGUCGGACACACCUUCGGGGCCACGGGCUCGCACAUGGCGCGCAAGCUCGCGGAGAACGAUCGAGAUAUUGAAAUGGUGGCGGACGCAAUGCGCGCCGACGACCGGUACACGAACGCGAUGCUCUUCGUCUUUGGGGAUCACGGAAUGACGGAUAACGGUGACCACGGCGGUGGGACUCCGGAAGAGGUGGACUCGUUCCUUCUGGCGUAUCACCCGUGGGCUUCCAAGGGUGUGACGUGUCGAUCAAGCGAGUCGGAAGAGGACGAGUCGUUACCGCAAAUUGACUUUGCGCCGACAAUGGCGGCCAUCAUGGGUGUUCCCACACCAUUUGGAAACCUAGGAAAGGUAAACGAGGACGUAUUUAGACUUGCUUUAAGUGCAGAUUUGUCCUCAGAUGAUGGCUUUGAUUGGCGCGCGGCGUACGUUCGCGCGCUUCGUGCAAACAUAGAGCAAGUUUGGAAUUACACUCAGUCGUACAGCGACGACGCAACGAGUCCGUUCAGAGGAGAUAUCGCGGCGAGGUUGGACUCUAUGAUGGAGACCCCACGCUCAAACGACUCCAAGGAGCACAUCUUGGAACUUUUGCGAGAAGUAGCGGACGUGGCACGGGUGAGAUGGACGCAGUUUGGCCUCAUGAGCAUGGUGCUCGGUUUCGGCGCGCUCGUUGCUGCACUUAUUGUGCACGCUAUUCUCGCGUAUGGCCCUCCGAAAGAGUGCUCUCAUAUGGAUUCUACCGCUGUUUUGGGCAUGUUCAUGGUCCUGUUAGCGUCUCUGGCGCGACUGUCGAACAGUUUCAUCGUCGGCGAACGAGAGAUGAUGCAAUUUUUGUUUGCAACUUUCGUCCUCGCUCUCAUGGUAAAGGGGAUGGCGAAACGAGAGGACGAGUUCGAGGGAACGCAAAGUGUCGAAGUCGUAAAAGGUACUGUGCAAUGUCUGUUGAGUAAUUUCUUCUUGUACGCUCUGGGAUCGUCUUGGGUGAAGAGCGACUCGGCAUUUACCUUUUCGCAGCUCGUCACAGUGACAAUCGCGGCGUGCACACUCGGUGAAAUACGUGAAGGUCGCGAUUUGUGGUUGGAUAGCGUCGUGCUGCGGAGUGCGAGCGUUUUGAUUUUCGGCGUUGAAGAAUAUUGGCUCCCUCACGUGACGUACUUAUCGUCCAUUGUGGUGCUUAUUAAGGUCGUUCACGCUCGUUCAGAUAAUGACAUUGGCCAUCGCUGCACGCUCUUCUUGCUCGCCGUCUCGUCCACAGUGACGUUGCUCGCGGGACCGACGAUGGGCGCAGCGUACGUCUUUUCGUCGUACAAACUCUUUCGCGGCGUAUUUCGCCUUGUUCAAGUUGCUUACCAUCCGAUUCACAAAGCAUCGACGAGAGCGAUCGAAACGACGCUUGCGAUUGGACUCUGGCUCGCCACCUCGGUGAUCUUCUUCGGCGGCGGGCACACGUGUUCUUUUAACGGAUUACACUUCGCCGCCGCCUUCACUGGAUUUCGUAAGUUCAACUAUUAUGGCAUGGGAUUCCUCCUCGGCCUGGAGACAUGGAGCGGCGAGGUCCUCCUCGCCGCCUUUGUACCCAUGUUCGCCCAUCACCUAACUUCAUUCAAUCAGUUUGGUAAACAGUUUCGCGAUUGCGGCCACACGCCGGCGAUGUCGUUGUGGGCCAAGAUCACCCUAUGCCGGGCGCUCGUCUCCAUGUGCGCCGCCCUGUGCGCCGCCCUGCAUCGACGACACCUCAUGGUUUGGGCCAUCUUCGCCCCGAAAUUCGUCUUCGACGCCGUAGGCGCCUCCGUGGGUAACGCUCUCACGAUAAUUUCCAUCUUCUUGUUCACGGGGUUCACGGGGCGUACAGGAAAAUAUGACAAGUUCGACUGA